GCUGUUGAGCGAAACAUGGCUGCUGUAAAGAGUGGUCUGUCAAUAUUUUCGUCUUUUCUUUCAAAUAGUACAAAUUGCACAGCUUGCAGUUUUCAGCAAAUACGUAAUAAAUAUGUUGGUCGGUGGAUGAUACGUGAUGUAAAACGGCGAAAGAUGGCAGAAGAUUAUGCUCCAGAACGAUUACGUUUACUAGCUAUGAAGAGAAAUGAUAUUUUACCAGCAGAAUUAAGGGAAAUAGUUGAUAAGGAAUUUGAUGAGAAAAUUCCACGUCAAACUGCUUUAAGGCAAUUAACACCACGUUGUGCACUGACUUCUCGUGGACAUGGAUGUAUUUAUAGAUGGAGAUUAUCAAGAAUUAUGUUCCGACACUUAGCUGACUAUAAUAAACUAGCUGGAGUCCAACGUGCAAUUUGGUAGA